CGAUGACCAGCAAGAAGCGCUGUUAAAAUCGAUAAAACUCAUAGAAUUGGGACUCAAUGGCAGCCAAUAAGGUGUUUACUUUACUACAGGUAACAUUCAUUGUACUGGCACUCAUUGCAGGUGUGGAGUACUUCAAAUACUCCACCAUGGUAAACUAUGAAUGGUUCCACUGUACGCCUCAACUCACGUUGAUUCCAGGCACUGGGAUUACAAAGGCCAUUGCGGUUGGUGGACCUAGUUGUGAUAAGCGUGGACAAUUGAAGUCGAUAACAAAGAGAUUGACCAGAACCUUUGAUCCAAAUCUUGAACCUCUUGCAUUCUGUCUUGCACAGGAGGGGAAUAAAGUGGUUGGUUACGUUUCAAACGUUGAUCAGCUCGAAACACUCGAACAAUUCUGUCCAAAUGUCAUCUUAUGGGAUGAUGUCUUUGAUGCCAUCGCGGACUAAGUAGGGUACAUACGACUACCACCUUAGAGGUAAUAAUAAUAAUAAUGUCAAUAAUAGUAACGUCAUUGCAUUCAUGGAUUUCCU